AUGGAGCGCUCUAAGGAGCUUAGCUUUAGUGUCCGAAACAGCGGAGAUGCGGGUCAGUCACCAGGACUUGUGGGGAGCACCCCAGGAUUUGUUGGUGACCUUCAGCUCCUCGCUGGAGAGGAGCUGGAAGCACGGCUGCAGGUCCAUGACCGGAUUGGCGGAGGCUCCAGCGCGCGCGUGUACAGGGGCACCCUGGAUGGCACCUUGCAGGUGGCGGUAAAGGUUCUACACCCUCACGCCGCGCAGCGCGAGUCAAGCCUGCAGGAGUUUUUGCGUGAGGCGCAGGUGCUGGCACGACUUCAGCACAAGCACAUCAUCCGUCUCCACGCCCUGGCGCACCUGCCGCCGAAUUUUGGGGGCCUCCCUACGCGGAGGUUCACCUGGGGUAUCGUGACGGAAUACAUGGAAGGUGGCACGCUUACCAAGCUGGUGCAGGACGCGGCUAAGGUUUACAAGCAGCAACAGCGGAUUAAGCAACAGCUGCUGGCCGCCGCGACGCAGUCUUUGGGUGGGGCUUCCUCGGCAGCUCCGGAGCGCUCCAAUUCCCUUCGCAACCUCCGGCCCAACCUGUCUUUCCUGCGCCGCCGGUCUUUGACGCCCGCCGGCGGCGACACCGUCACGCCGCCAUCUCCGCGCAACCGCGGUGGCGGUGGUGGAGCGGCCUCGCCCGGUGGAGCAGCUGUAUCUGCGGCACGGCUAGACUCGCUGAUCCACGAGAUGCCGACGCUGCCGUAUACUGACCGGGAGGCGUUGCAAUGGUGCAUGGAGUUGGCGCUGUCGCUGCAAUUCCUCCACGCGCAGACGCCCCCUGUCGUGCAUCGCGACGUGAAGACGGACAACGUUCUGAUGGCGCCGUUGCCGCUGCCAUCGCCCACGGCAGCGGCGUCCGGCACCGCCAGCGGCCUGCGCGGUGCCGCCUCCGCCGACACGGGCGCUGCCGCCACGGCGGCGAUGGCAGGCUCGGCCGGGCAGGGUGCAAGCUUCACCGCCGGCGGGAGCGGCUUGUACAGCUCACAUGGCAGUCUAGCACGGCGGGUGCUGUCGGUGCGCGCGGCGGCAGCAGCGGCGGCGGCGGGGACGGAGGGAGGGCCCUCAAGACAAUGCUCCAUCACUACUGCGGUGGUCCGGCCUUGCGGUGGCCGGCCCCUGACCGCGAAGCUGUGUGACUUUGGACUGCAUGUGAUCGGUGUUCAUCGGAAGACCUCAAACCUCAGCCAUGCGGAUUCGUCCGAACACACCGGGGGGCCGGUCCUCAGUCCUGGCCACGUCCUCGCCGCCGUCGCCAGCGUUGGCGGCGGAGGAAGCGGCAGCGGUAGCAGCAGCAUGCGCGCGACGGCAGCGACCGCCACUGCUGGCGGCGGCGGCGGCGGCGGCGGCUCCGGGGGUUCCGCCAUCUUCUCAUCCAGCCCGCCGAAGCCGAUGCCCUUCGCAGGAAAUGCCGCAGCGGCGGCGGCCGCUGCCGCCGCCGCCUUUGGCUCCAACGCCGGUAGCCUGGCUGGUGGCAUCGCGCGGUUGUCCUCCGGGGCCAUGGCCUCCGUUGUCGGGCUGCGAGGCAGCGGCGGCAGCACAUACUGCAGUCCGAAGACCAGCGGCGCUGGCACAGGCCCGGGGCCGUCCAAAUGGUCCGGCGGCAAUGCAGCCGCCGCGCAGCAUGGGCUGUCGGGUUUCGCCGCCACGAGGGCCUCCCUGGACUUUCUGCUCCAGGGCCGGUUGUCGGCGACGGCGGCCGUGGCGGCGGCGUCGCAAUCUGUCGGUUCAACGCACAGCGUCAUGAUUGCUACUGGCGGCGGUGGCUCAGUGCCGGGCAUCACAGGCGACCGCGGCGGCGGCGGUGGUGGCGGCGGCGGCGGCGGUGGCAGCACGGCAUUGCUGAUGCCCACUUCGGUGUCGCAUGCGAUGGCGGCUGGCGGUGGCAUCGAGACUCUGAGCACCGGACAGAUGAUGCUUCAACUGCAUGCUGUCCCACAUCGAUGCCUUCUCUUUGGUUCCGGUACACCAUCCCAGCUCCCAGCUCCGCCAUAUAUGAAGUACUGUUUGUGUCGCGCUCGUGACCUGCGUGUGCCUCACCACCACUUCUCCGCUACCACACCCACACCCACCACACCUGCCAUAAUCGUAACCACCUCAGUGGCCGCAGCGAGUAUAGUGCAUAAUGAUAACCCUACCCUCGGCCAGGGUGCGAGCCAUACCGGCAUGUUGGACCGGGCGUCGCGACUGCGGCCAUCCCACGCCGGGCCUUUAACUGGGGACCUGGGCCUUGGAGGCGGUGGGAUGUCCUUAGAGGCAGCCUUACGGAUCGCCAAUCGCUCGAGCAGUGGACGACCCAGCGCCGCCGCGGCUGCGGCGGCGGUGGCUGCGGCUGUAAGCAACGGCGGAGGCAGCACAUCCGGGACGGAGCCGGGAAUGUACGGCGGCAGCGGCGGCGGCGCUGCCGGUGGCGGCGGUGAACGGGUCGGGGGCAGCAGCGGCGGCGGCGCGGUUCGGGCGCCUCGGCCGAGCGGCGGAUCGCCGGCGACGAGCUCUCGAGGAGGCACUCGACUGCGUAGUAACCCUACGCAGGUUGAAAAGUACUUGGCCAUGAUGGAGGAGGACCUACAGCUGGAUAUCGCCUCGCGAUCCUCCUCUAAAGCCCAGGCCGAAAUGGAACCACUAUCUAGUGCUGCAUCGCGUGCUGGAUUGCAGGCUGCCGCAGCCACCUACUUGCGCAGCGGCGGCCCCAGCGGCGGCGCGGGGUCGAUCGGCAACGGCACUUCCUCGAACCGCAGCCUAUUGUCCGCUGGCCCCAGCCAAAGCAGCAUGCCUGGAACCGCCCACAUGGCCCAGCUGCCACAGCCACAGCUGCAGCAACAGCAACAGGCUGCCCCCCUGCCCCCUGCCAGCGGCAGCCAGCAACACCCCGUACUGCCACCGAAGUCGUCUGUGUCGACGGAUCGACACCAUCAACAGGCAGGGGCUCAUACCAAGGCGGCACACGGCAGCGGCGGCGGCGCCGUCGCUGCCGCUUUCGGGGCCGCGCCGGGUCGGUUGCAAGCCAGCGGCAGUGGUAGCGGCAGCGGCAGCGCGGCUGUGGCGGCGGCGGCGGCGGCGGCCGGCAUUCCUGGGGUGGCCCGCGCCUCUAGCCUAGGGGCCAACAGCCCCAGCAGCCCCAGCAUGCAUGCAGCCAGCACCGCUUCAACGCGCAGCGAGCAGGGGAUGAUUGUGCUGACUGGUGCUAGCUGCUGUGGGUUUGGAGAACAGUCCGCGCCAGCAGCUGGUGGUGCCGCCGUGCCGCAGCCGCUGCCGCCGCAGCCACACCCAGCAGCCGGCGGCGGCAGUGGAGUCGGCGGUUACGCUGCGGCAGGGCUGCGCGGCAUGGUGAUGCUCGCGCGGGGGCCUAACCCCAUGAAGAGCAGCAGUCAACCAGCCCUUUCCGUGUCGUCUUCCGCCAACGCCGGCGGUUUCCCGCACUCAGGCGCACCCUCUCCCGGGCGGGGCCCGAACCCCAUGAAGGCCAGCAGCCAACCAGCCAUGUCCGUGUCGGCAUCCUCCUUAAUAUGCAUGGACGGCGCCAUUCACGGUGUUGCCGCGGCGGCCGCCGCGGCGGUACGACAGCCGCCAUCCUCCCGCCCUGCGCAACCAACUGGUGCUAACAGCGGCCAGGUGCCGGUGCAGCUGCGCGGCGCCAGUGGCGGCGGCGGCGCCGGCUACAGCGCCGUACACUCGCCAUCUCGCGGUCCUAAUCCGGUGAAGAGCAGCAGCCAGCCAGUUAUGUCGGUAGGUGCCAUGGCGGCGAUGGCGGCCUGCGGGGUUUCCAAAAGCCCCGGAUCGGCGGGCCGCGGUCGCGACGCCAGCGGCUCCAGCGUCGCCGCUGUCCCUACAGGACUGGUGCGUACGGCAUCUCACGGCAGCCGCGGCAUGAGCCAUCUCAACACGGCGGCUGUAAGUGUGGCGGUGGCGCCGGCCUCACCCACGGGUAGUGUGCAUGCGAUGGACCUCAGCCCUCCAGUUGCAAGGAUUCGCUCAUCGCGGAUGGGUCAACCUCAGCUCGUCCCGGCAGCGGCGUCGGCGGCGGCCGCGGCGGGAACGGCCGUGACGAAUUCGAUGGGGGCGCCCGGUUUGGCCACAGCCGACGGCGACCUCGUGCAGCCCGGAAUCAGCGCCUCGGCUCUCCUGAGCGGCGGUGGCGGCAGCGCCGCCGCCACAGCCGCACUGGCGGCACGCCGCAAUCGACAGCCGUUAGAGGUGGCAGUACCCGUGGACGCUGGCGGCGGCGGCGCCAUCACCGAUGGCGCUGAGUCGGCGUCGUCCGUCAGUGGCAAGCUGCUGCCGCGGCUCCUGGCGGCGCCAACCGGGUCGUGCGGCGCUAGCGCCGCCGGCGGCGAUGGUGCCGCCAGCGGCUCCGCCGCAGCUUCAAUUAUGGCCGGUCGCCAAUGGGUUGCCACGGUAACCGCCGCAGCGUCGCCCCGAACCCACAGCCCUAGCGGCGGCGGCGGCGGCGGCAGCGGCGGCAGCCACCAGCUCGUAGCAAGCCCUUCCGGCGGCGGCGAUGUCAACAUCUUGCCAAUGCCGCCGCUGAUGCACGCGUCUGGUGUCGUACUUAACCGAGAGCUUCACAAAGUCGUGAAAAGGCUGCGGCCCGACGGCGGCGGUAGCUCCUUCACAGGUUCCGGCAACUCGCCGCUGGGGCUACCGCCCACGGCACCCACGCAUCACGGCAGCGGCGGCGGAGCCGCCGCUGCUGCCGCCCCGGCCACCGGCGGCGAGCCUGGCUCCUUUACGUGCAGUCGCCGCUCAUCCAUAGACUCUCACGCGCUGUCAUACCAAAGUAUCGGCUCCGCUAGGAGCGCGACGGCAACGCUGCAGCACCCCGGCGGUGGCUCUGCUAAUGCCAGUGGCUCGGGAGCCAUCCACGGAGUUGGUGGUGGUGGUGGCGGUGGCGGUGGCGGGCCCGCCGGCCUGUCGAGCCUUUACCGUGAGAAGCUGCUUUGGGGACGCGGCCUACUGCAGGGGACGGGCAGCGCGGGCCAGAGCAGUGCCGGUGCAAUCCCCGGCGGCAGCGGUGGCGGAAAUAUCGCGCACAGCGGCCCUGUGCCGUCGACCGCUCUGACAAGCGAUCCCAACUCCCCCGUCAGCAGCUACGGCCCCGCCGCCGGCUCGGGCAGCCUCCUGGGCCGGACACAAGCUAGCGUGCUUCGGCACCAAUCAGUGGGGCCGAUGGGGUCCCUGAUGGGACCGAUGGCAGGCCUCGGCGGCGGCAGCGGCGCCGCCGUCGCAGCCGCCGCUGCCGCGGCGGGGCCGGCUGUGCCGCGCACGACCAGUGGCGGCGUGUCGGCCAGCGGCAACAGCGGCAGGCAGAGCAGCGCCGGCGAGCGCAGCGCCCGCCAGUCCAGCCUUGUACGGCAAAGCAGCAGUACGCACUCCUGGGGUGACUACGGCACCACCACCGGCGGCGGUGCGGCAACUGCUGCUGCCGUCGCGCAAGUCCUCGGCGGCGCCACCAGCGGCGGCGCAUCACCGUCGCGCGCCAAUACUGGCACUGGUACUAGUCUGCGGGUGCUGGGGCAUGCCGGGCCUGGCGGUGCCAGCGUGGCGGCGGCGGCGGCGGCGGCGGCCGCCGCCGCUGCCGCCGCCGGCAGCCACGCGCCAAGCGCUUUGGCGUCGCCUAUGCUGGCACACGUCACCGGCGCCGGUAGCCAGGCCAGCUCGAUAGCGGCGUCCGGCGGAGCGCAACGAAUGGUUUCGGAGAGCACUCCCAGCAGCACGCUGGGCGGCUGGACGGCACGUGACGAUGUGCCGCCGCAGGGCGAGGCGGCAUAUGCGCUGACGGGCCGUGCCGGUACACUGCUGUACAUGGCGCCGGAGGUCAUUCGCCACGAGCCGUACAACGAAAAGGUGGACGUCUUCAGCUUCGGUGUCGUACUGUAUGAGGUGUUUGGCCGCGUACUGCUGCUUGAGUUGUACAGCAAGGACGAGCUUGAGGCCCUCAGCAGCCGCAUUGCGCAGGGCUUUCGGCACAGCCGUCCCGAUUGCAUGCCGCAAAACAUAUGGGACCUGGUGCAACAGUGCUGGGCGCAGAAUCCUGCCGACCGGCCCACCAUGCCGCUUCUUGUACGGCAAAUGGAACUAGCAUUUGAGGCCAUGGACGAGGCCGAGGCCGCGGCUGCCGUCACGCAUUCGGGCACCCACCGGGCCGGGUCGCUGUUUGGCGACGGCGGCGCGGGCGGCGGCAGCGGCCCCGGUCUGCCGACGGGGUCUGCCAUGGUGACGGGCGGCGGCGCCGGUCCCGGCAGCGCAGGCACCACUACCGGCAAGGACCGGAGCAGUUGCCGCAGCGGGGCCAGCUACAAGAGCCUUCUAUCUCUGGGCUGCGGCAGCGGUCUGCACUCCCCGGGGUCCCGUGGGUCCGCGGCGGCGGCGGCGACUGCCGCUGCUCCCGGCACCGGCAGCGGCGGCAGCCAGGGUCUGGAUGACUCGUUCGGUUCUGGAUCCCGUGGUUGGCCGGAUGAAUGCGCGGAAGGGGUUUGCUAA